GAGGAUUUGAUCCGCACCAGAUAUUUGUAUGGAUGAAAGGAAGACAAAGAACUUUCCUCUUUAGGCAAAGUGAAUAACGAUGAGCUCACUCACAGUAGCGGCUUCCUCUUUGAGCUCCUCGCCCUUAACCCAGUUCGCUUCGAGUUCAUCCAACAACUUUCUCAAUCCCCAAAAACUCUUCCUCAAAAUCCCUUCUAAUGCCAACGCGCAAUUUGCAAUUUCAUUCAAAUCUUCAAAUCGGCCUUCAAUUUGCAGGUUGCCGAGAUUGAAAACAUGCGCAGCUUUAGACGAAAAGGACCCAAAUGGAGCAACCCCAGUUCUGGUAGAGGAAGAGGGUUCCGACAAUAUUGUGAAUGAGGAAGUGGAAAAGAGUGUCAAAGUGCUAAAAAAUGCGGCAAAGACAAGAAAGGUAGCAGCAGAAGAAGUUUUGUCUGCACUUUCUGUACUCGAGAAGGCCAAACUUGACCCUUCAAAGUUCUUUAAUACACUUGGUGGAACAAGCUCUCCUGGUAGAACCUGGAUGCUUAUUUUUACUGCUGAGAAAAAAUUGAAAAAGGGGCGGUACUUCCCUGUUACAGCCAUCCAGAGGUUUGAUGCUGCUGGAAAAAGAAUAGAGAAUGGAGUGUUCCUGGGACCUAUUGGAAGCUUAACAUUUGAAGAAUUUAGUGUUGGAGGCUGGUGCCAAUGAUCGUCUAUAAUUUUGGGGGUUCAAGUGUAGCUGAGACGCCAACAAGCGAACCUAGAAAUGCUCAGCUGUCCGUUGAACCAACAAAUAAUCUGCUCUUCUGAGUUCUGCACCGAUUUCAUCUCGAGGAAUGAUGGGUAGUUUAGAUGCAGUCAGUUCAGAAGGGAGCAAAGGAGUUUGUGUUUUACUCUUGUUAUUCUAAUUUCUUUCAUCAAUCAGUGCUUUUGUAUUAAUUGAUUAAAAUGGCAACAAAUAAAUAAAUAAAUAUAAAGCCAACAUGCAUCCCCCAUCAAGGAGGAAGGAAUCAGUCCAUCAUUUCUUCAGCACCGUUCUUGACUCAACGGAUGGUGACUUGAAGUAUGAGGGCCCGCCGGGAAGACCGUCAGUUCCUUCACUCCCAACUCUUAGAAUAGGUGACAGUUAGACAUGAACUGAGACAGGGGAAGUCCAUAAGAAGGGCUGAAUCCAAAGCAUUGACCUGGCCCUGAAAGACUAGUUCUUCCCUCUACGACAAGAAGAGAAUUGUCAACAAAAGAAGAAGCAGAAAGCAAAAAAAAAAAGAUGAAGACAUAUGAAUCCACCAAUUAUGACAAAGUUGACUUGCAUCAACCUCUCUUUUUCUCCUCCUCUAGCUUCAAAGCCUUUCAUUAGACGCAUUGAGCUCUAUUCUAUUGCAUCUACCUUGUGCGAUACAGAGCUGGUUACCAUUGGUCCGACUAGCCUAUCAGACUUUUCGAGCCACUUCAUCUAUGCCCUCAGAGAUGUCUUAAUCCAAAAAAGGUUGAAGAGUUGAACAUCUUAAACUACCAAUUGACCCAAAAGCUUAAGCCGAUGAGUGAAGAUAGAUUUAAUUAUAUCAUUUAACACUCCUCUCACUUGGAGGUUUGAAAUAUGAAGAAAACCGAACAAGUAGAAAUCAAUAUUAACCGGGGAGAAAAUAACAUUGCAGGGGCUUGAACACUUGAUUUUAUUGGACCACCUGCUUUGAUACCAUCUUAAAUAAUUGAUUAACC